AUGGCUGCUGGAAUCCAAGGCUUGAGUGCGACCGGGCUGGAAGCUCGAAGGAACUCAAGUUUGCAGCGGUUGGGAGCUGGAGUGGAGGCCAGGUUUGAAAGCGGCCGAAAUUGUGGGUUGGAGUCUUGGAUUCACAGCUGCUGGAAACUCGAAGACGGCCGGGAUGGAUUGUGGCGGGGCGGGGCGAUGAAGCUGGGCAGCUGGGUUUUGUAA